UUCCGUAUAAGAAAGAUGUUCAAGAAUUUGCAGAAGCAGCAUCAAAGAGAGAGAGAGAAAGAAAUGGUGAAAAUUUCAGUUGGUGGGUAUGAUGAUGGAGAAGGACCCAGCAACCGCAACCAGAAGCGACGAAGAGAAGAGGAGGACGAAGAAGAAGAACGAAACACGCGACGGAGCUUUGAAAUUGUUGACCGUUCAAUUGAACUUCAAGAGCGUGAAGAUCAUCCUCCUGCUCCACCCAAUCGUGCUACCCCAAAUGGUUCUGCAAGCAAUGCCACCAGAGUUCGGUCCAUUCCAAUCUUCGUUUCAGACCCUGAUGUCCUCGAUUGCUGCAUUUGCUACGAACCCUUGAGUGCUCCUGUCUUCCAGUGUGAGAAUGGACACAUUGCUUGCUCUAAUUGCUGUGUCAGACUCAAGAACAAGUGUCCCAUGUGUUUGAUGCCAAUUGGGUAUAACCGUUGUCGGGCGAUUGAGAAGGUGUUGGACUCUAUUAAAAUGUCGUGUCCGAAUGCAAAUUAUGGCUGCACAGAAACAUUUUGUUACAGCAAGAAAAACGACCAUGAGAAGGAAUGCAUCUAUCUGCCAUGUUUAUGCCCUCAUGCUGGUUGUGAUUUUGUUGCCUCAUCCAAGGAGUUAUUCCUCCACGUCAGCCACAGACAUGUAGACUCUGGAACACUGUUUACAUAUGAUAAAUUUUUCACAGUCAUCUUCAGUGCUGACCAGAAAACAAUUGUUCUGCAAGAGAAAAAUGAUGGUAAUCUGUUUAUUGUUCACAAUAACCAUGAGCAGCUGGGACAUAAAGUCCGCAUUAGCUGCAUCGGCCCCAAGUCCAUGGGAGAGUUUCAGUAUGAAGUUUUGGCUAGGUUUCGAGGAAGCACUCUAAUACUGCAAUCUUUUACCAAGAUCAUUCAAGGUCAAUAUGUUGAUCCACCUUCAAAUGCGUUCCUUUUGAUUCCUUCUGGGGUUUUUGGCCCUCUACAACUGAAACUAGACAUUCGCAUUAAGUCACAUUAAACCUUGGAUGGAGAUCGAAGGAGGCUGCAUUUGGGUUUGUAUCUGUACGUGUUCUCUUUGUUUAGUGUUUAGCUGAUCACAUUCUGUAGCACAGUUGACUUCUGUCAAAAAAGUUGCACUCGUUAAAUCGGAAAUUAAGCAACUUUUCUGUAUAUGUAUUUAUUUCAGGUAAAUAUGAAGUAUGCCUGACACCUAUUAUUGUUCGUGUCUCUUAAAAUGUACAAAAUGCGUUGACAAGUAACUUCGUUAGGUGUUUUCUUUCUUCGGUA